AGGGUGCCGGACGGCCUCCGCGAUGCUAAUGCACCGGUAGAGGAGGCCGCGCAUUGGCCGGGGCUUGCGCGGCGUGCGAAGGGGGCUGGUUCCAUGCCUCCUCUGGGGGCGGCUUUUGUCUGUCCCGAGCAGCAGCGGCGGCGGCGGCGGCGGCAGCGGCUGGCGGCUGUCGGCGUCUCUCUGUGCUGCUGGCGGCAGAGCGGGAGGCAUCGCCGCACCCGCCACGCUCGGCUCACCCGCACAGUGAGCGGCGGCUUCUGCGGCCGGCGGCCCACGCGGAGCCACGAUGAGUGAGGUGCUCAAGAGGAAGUUCGAGGAGGUGGAGGGCGACUCCCCGUGCUCCUCCUCCAAGGACUCGGAGGAGGAGCUCUCGGGCAGCGAGAGCGCCGACAGCGGAGACAGCGUCAACCCUCCGGCAGACACGCACUUCACACCCUCCUCCAUCCUGCACCCGCCGAAGCGGCAGCGCGGCAAGAGCGUGCGCUUCGGCCAGGUGACGGUGUUCCACUUCGCACGGCGCCAGGGCUUCACGAGCGUGCCCAGCCAGGGCGGCAGCACGCUGGGCAUGGCCAGCCGCCACGACCACAUCGCUGUCUACUCGCUGGGCGAGUUUGCGCGCGAGCGCGAGAACGCGCACCAGCACGUGCUGCGCCAGCACCUCAAGGAGGAGAGGCUCAACGCCCUCCGCAUGCAGCUGACGCAGAACGGCACGCAGGACUGCGACCGUGCCCGUGCCCUCACGGUGGAGGACAUCCCGGACGAGGAGGUGGACGUGCGGGCCGUGCAGGUGGAUGACUACUUCUUCCUGCAGCCGCUGCCGACGCGCAAGCGGCGAGCCAUGCUGCGCGCCUCCGGCGUGCGGCGCAUCGACGGCGACGAGAAGCAGCAGCUGCGAGCGAUCCGCGUGUCGCGCGAGGAGUGCGGCUGCGACUGCCGCGCGUACUGCGAUCCCGAGACGUGUCCGUGCAGCCAGGCCGGCAUCUCCUGCCAGGUGGACCGGCUGUCGUUCCCAUGCGGUUGCACCAAGGACGGCUGCGGGAACCCUGGGGGGCGCAUCGAGUUCAACCCGGUGCGCGUGCGCACGCACUUCAUCCACACCAUCAUGCGCCUUGAGCUCGAGCGCAAGCAGGCGGGCUGCGAUGACGCGGGGGGCCCGCUCGGGGGGCCCGGCGUCGAGGGGGGCCUGGUCGAGAGGGCCUGCGGCUCCUUGGCGCACUCGGAGCUCCCGCAAGACGUGCUCGGCAGAAUGUCGGGCAGAGAUAACAGCCCCAUGAUGCAGCUAUUUGCCAGCGACGUGAUGAGCGGCGACGUGAUGAGCGGGGAGGACGGAGACCCCGACAGCCCCAGCAGCGGGUUCGCCUCGACGCUCUGCUCGUCCGAAGAUGGAGGAGACGGCACGACGGGCAUCGAGUACCGGAUACCGUCGGCGCUCCACCUGGGCAGGGUGGAGGGAGAACUCCACGCGAAGGGCGAGCGAGUUGGAGAGAUGUCCUCCUACAGCCUCGACUCCUCGCUCUUCAGCUUCCCGUCGGACGACCUUCCGUCCAUGUCCCUCUUCCCGAGCAACUCGUCCUCGGCCUCGUGCCUCUUCCACGGCGAGGAUUAUGGCCUGAGCUGCGUGCCGCUGCACGGGACCCACUCGCAGGACGCGCCCACCCUGCAGGAGAUGUCCCCCGCCGUUGACUGCGCUCACGACUGCCCCGGGGCGUCUCCGGCGGCGCCGCCGUUCGCCGACUCCCUCCAGGACGCGCCGCCGGGCGUCGUGGCGCACGAGGAGACUCGCCCGGAGCUCGGCGCCGCGUGCCGGGACGGGCCCCCGCGGCCCGGCGCGUGCCGGGAGCAGGAGCCGCCUCCCGCUCGCGCUCGGCGGGAGGCGCCGACGCGCCCCCGGCACGGAGCCGUCGGCGCCCCGGCGCGCCGCGACGUCGCGGACGGCGGCGCGGGCCGGGAUCGGAACGUCCGCCGCGACGACGCCGCGGCGCUGGCCGGCGGGCGCGAGACGCCGGCGUUGCCGUUGCGCGCCGGGGUCGAGGCGGAGGGCGACGUGGGCCGGGAGCGGCCGUCGGCCGGGCGCCCGCCGCUCUCGGGUUGCUCCGGCGGCAGCGGGGAUUCCGCGUCCCCGCCGACAGACGGUUCCGGCGCGGCGAGCGGCGCGGCGAGCGGCGGGCUCGCCGCCGGCGCCCGAGUCCCGGGGGACGCGGUGGCGCGCGGGGUCGAGGACGAGCGCGAGGCCCGCUGCGACGCGCCGACGUACGGACUCGCGGCCCGGCACCCCGCGCCCGACGCGCGCGUUUCAAAAGGAGCGCCGCUCUCCUCCUUCGUCGCCGACGAACCUGAACGCGACGUCGGGGCCGGCUGCGGACCGCCCGCGUUCCCGGGCGGCGCCGAGGGAUCGCUGGCGGCGCCCGGCACGGAGGCGCGCGGGGAGGAGGAGAGACUCGAGACGGAGGAAGCCGUUGAAAUGAUUAAAAUGGAGCAGAAGGAUAUCUGAGCCUGUCUCUCGCAAGAGCAAUGUCGUUACACGGCGGCGGGCCUUCUCCCCGCCACUCGCGGCGCGGAAUCCCUCGCGGGGCGGCACGGCGUCGCCGGGGCUCGGGCGACGGCGCUGCUCUGAGAAUUUCGACGGCCGCCUCGUUUUAACAAAAAAAAAUCUCCCCCCCCCCCAUUCUUCGAGUGAAAUGCAAUUUCAAAGGCGUGGCUUCACGUGAAUUUUAAGUGUCCCGUGUUUUAAGAGAAGUGUCGUGGCUCUGUCGGACGGCGCAGCCUCGUGUGUUGGUGUAAGUGAGCCGUGCGUAGUAAUUUUAGAAUGUACCAUCAUUGUUUGUGUGGCGUUAACGAGAUGAUGAUGAUGACUACAGGAGAGAAAAAAAAACCCCUAAACGCCCGUACCUGUUGACAUUUCAUUUAAUGGUUUAAUUUUUUGUAAUUUCAAAUAUAUACCUUACAAUUGUCGAAUUAAUGAAAAAACAACAACCUGGAAAGCAUUUAUAUUUAUUUCACCGUUGUGUUUCAUUGUUUUAGUUUUAUAUGACGCCGCUAUUUAUGAUGAUGAUGAUGACGACGACGCGGGUCUGUGCGUGUGCCCAGGUGGGCUCUAGCUGUAGCCGUGAUCGACUCCUGUGACCGUGUUUGUGUGCGUGAAGCGAAAACACAGUGCAAUGGCUCUGAGCGCGAGCGCUCGCUCGUCUCGAGCCCGCCACCUCGUUCCGCGCGCGGAUGGGCAGCGAGAGGGACACGUGUGGUCCUCGCCAGGUUCGUGUUACCGUGGAGGCUGUCGUGACCAGCGGCCUCGGCUGGGGAUAUUCUUGUCAAUAAAAAAAAUGUGAAAACACA